AUGGAGGACGUGAUUAACAACAACGAGGUAAAGCGGGCCCUGCAGCAACAGCUCAAUCAGAUGGUGGAAGAAAACGAAAAGCAGUACAACGACUUAAUAUCGUACAUCGAAAAUGAGAAAAAACAGAUUGAAAUCAUGAAAAACAAAACGAGGGAGAAGAAAAGUUCAAUAAACAGGAUAACCCACGAAAUCGAAGCCAAUACCGUCCUAGUCACAGAGCUGAAGGAAAGCGUGAUGGAAGAGGAGAAAAAGCUAGACGAAUACCCGAAGCUGAUUGAAGAAAUUAACGAACAACUGAAUUUGAUUUUAAAAAAUUUCGAUUCCUCCAAAUUGGAGUACAAUACGGUCAAGCUGCAUAAGGACUACAUUCAGAAUGAGUGGAAGAGAAAAUUGGACACCCUCUACAAUCUGCUCGGAUUUGAAAUCAUAUUACAAGAUGACAAAAUAGCAAUAGAAUUUUCGAAUAUUCAACCAGGGGAUCCUCAGAAGAAAUAUCGAGCCACUGUCGCUUUGCACAACGGGACUUACGAAGCCAUCGAAACCGCGCCGCGACUAACCAAAUUUGACGAUUAUGUAAACGGCCUAAAUAAGGGACUGCCCUUCACAACCUUCUGCUGCUUACUCAGAAAGUCAUUCAAGGAAUUAAAAUAA